GGUGGGUAGAAGCAGAGGAGGGGUAUAAGUCAGACAGAGAGUUGCUCUUCUGAACCAACGCAGAGCUAGAUUCAGCAGGCCAGACUUGCUUUUUCUCCGCCCAGGAGCCGUUCUUUCAGGGUUUUGUCAGUUUCACUGUUGUAGGCUUUGGCAAAUUCAGACGAUUUCCAAAUCUUUCAUUUCUUUUGCUGAUACUGCCGGGGACUGGAGCAAAGAUUAAUUAUUUGCCUCGCUUUCAAUGUGUAAUUCAGGGAUAGGGAGAAGGACAGGCCAGGUCACCUGACUGAAUCCUAGCCAUUCUGCCCAGUCUUUGUUAUAUACUCCCCCUGCCCCCUGCCUUUCCCUGUCUCUACUAAGUACUCAGUUUUUCUCACACAGUCCCCACCAUGAAUCCCCUAGCAGUUGCAGGACACAGUUGGCUGAUUUUCUCUCUCUUUGCCUGCAUAGCAGAAGGGAGUUUACAGAUGCCAUCUUUUCAGCCUGGAAUCCUUUAUCAGUAUCGCUACUCCUUGGAUGCCCAGCUAGGUUAUGUCCCCAGGGUGUCCUUGCAAGGAAGCUGGAUGAAGGCAGAAGCUUUAGUUCAUGUGCAACUACUAUGGAGAAGUCAAGCUGGAGAGCAGCUUCUUCAAGUGCAGAUCCAAAACCUUAAAUUCUCUCAUGAACCAGAACAUGAGAAGAAUCAGAAUGCAACUGGAGGCCCAUUCACUGAAACUACACUGGGCAAAGAGAAUACUGCAGAGCUACAGCUACCAGUUUUCCUCCACUGGAAUAAUGGGAAGGUUGAAGGCAUCUAUGGAGAUAGAGAAGAAAAGCCCUUGAUCUUGGAUCUGAAACGAGGACUCAUCAGUCUCCUACAAUUCCAGCCACAUGCUGGGAGAAUAACUGAGGAGGACAUUUCUGGGAGCUGUAAAGUCGUAUACACUGUUUCCAAGGAUUCUGUUGUGAAGACAAAAGAUCUACAAGAAUGCACAAGGCCCAGAUUUGGAUUCACCUCUGUUAACAAAAUUUUUGGCGUUCAGUUGCAACCUAUCAGCAGAAGUCUGUACUUAAUGAAGGGAAGUGUCAUCCAAUCAGUGCUGUCUGAAGAAAGUCAUGUAGUCUCCCUAACUCUGAGGUCUUCUACUGGCAUCAUGAUCACUUCAAGACAGCAGCUUGAACUAAUGUCUUCUUCAAUGCCUGGCCUUGCAGAGAUUCAUGGACAAAGCCUUCAGGAAGCUCUGGAUAGCUUAUUGGAAAAGCACCAGCCCAUAAGCUUAGUUAGCCAGCCCUUCAAGAGAAUGUGUACUCAGUGUUCCUCGCUAAAAGACUAUCUGAAGACAGUUGGUAAUAGGAGAGUCAGAAUGGAUAUCUCAAAGGUGUCAACAACCUGGCAGUUCCACAGGCUCAUUCAGAUGUUGCACAGUGCCAAAAAGAGGGAUGUGCUCCAGCUGCUGAGGAAGGCUUCAGAGAAGACAGUUCCCUUCUUCAUUGAUGCUGCAGUGGCUGCCCAGUCAACAGCUUCCCUAGUGGCUCUUUCUGAAUUUCUGGAUUUCAGCAACAAAAAGCAAGAGCCCUUGGUGGAAAAGUUUCUCUAUGCUGCAGCCUUCUCUCCUCGACCCUCAAAAGAGCUUCUUCGCCUGUUGUUAGACAAGCUGAAUGGAAAGCAAUUAACCCCUGCUAUCUGGAAAACAGGGAUAAUUGUCACUGGCUCCCUAGUUGGUAAGUUGUGCCGGAUGAAGCUGUGUGGAUUGCAGGAAGUAGAACUUGGAAUGGAAACUGUUCUGAGAAGGUUAAGUGAAACUGAGGAGGAGUCUGAGAUGGUCACUUACCUCUUGUCCCUGAAGAAUGCCCUGCUCCCUGAAACCAUUCCUAUCCUUCUGAAUUAUGCAGAGGAAGGCUCUGCAGCAGUCUCAGGUACAGCAGUGUCUGCACUACAAAGAUUCUCCACUCAACACAUCACUGGUGAGGUGAAAAAAGCAAUGAGAAGAAUUUUCCAUGAGAAAAUGAGAAAGUAUGAAAAAACCUGUCGCCUGACUGCUGCGGAAAUCCUGUUAGACAAUGAACCUUUGCCCAUGGACAUCACCAAUAUCCUACUGGCCACCCGUGAACUGGAAACAGAAAUGGCAACAUUUCUGCUGUCAAAAAUCCAGAGUAGUUUACAUUCUCCCCAUCACCCAGCAAGGAAGGCAAUGAAAGAACUGCUGAAAGAUCCAUGGAUAAAUAAUUACAGCUACCUUUCCAAAGCUGGCAUUUCCUCUUCUUUCUCAGGACCUUUGACAGUCACCAAGGAUGUGCUUUUCCCUUUCACUCUGGAUUUGCUAUUUACUGAAGUAGGUCUUCUGAGGAAGAGUGUCUCUGACUUUUUAGUCCUAAGCCAUGGCCACCAACUUCAAGCAGCUCAGGUCACUUUUGAAGCAAAGGGGCUGGACUCAGUGCUGGGAGAGAACACUAAUGAAGAAGAGGAGCAGGAGCUGAUGGCUGGGAUGUCUGCCAUUGUCUUUGAUGUUCAGUUACGGCCAGUUGUUUUCUUCCAAGGAUAUACAGACCUCAUGGCCAAGGUUCUCUUAAGCAGUGGAGAGCCCACAAAUGUGAUCAAAGGCAAUGUUCUGCUAAUGGAUCAUCAACAGGCAAUUCCCCUUCAGUCUGGGCUGCAAGCAGUAGUUGAACUUCAGGGGGGCCUUGGGAUAGAUAUUUCAGCCAACAUUGAUGUGAAUAUAUGGGAGCAGGAAUCAAAAACUGAAAUCAGAACAAGGGGUGGACUGGCCAUUGAUUUCCAAGCAGAAUUAGAUGCCCCAUUCUUUCAAGCUAGCUUAAGAAGACAGACUGAGGUGGAAACUGCACUCAAUUUUGCUACUGCUUUAAGAUUUUCUGGGAGUCCUAUGCUCAUGUGUCUGCAGCUCAAUGAGGAACAGCUUCCUUACAGAGAAAUCUUUACCAUCUCUGAAACCUCAGUGAACCGAAGCAUCACUGUCCGCAAGGGGCGUCGAGGCAUGCUUGCUGGACGUGAUUUUGCCUUGCACACAGCCAACUCUGAGAUGUGCAAGAUCCUGUUGGCAGAGGAAACGGAGCAGUAGAAGAAUCACUGUGUACUGGGUCUGGAUUUAGCAUUUCUUUCUGUUCUUUGCUCCCAAAUUCCAUUAGCUAGACUCAGGCCUGAAGUGGGUGCACCAGAACCUUUUGUAACUCCCACAAGAGCUCACUUUUUAAAGCAAAACAUUUUAAACAUUUUUAAAGAAACAAACUGUCCCCAUUGCAAGAAAAGAAUACAGAAAUCAGGGCACCAAAUAUGGUUGGAAUGUGAAUCUCUAGAAUGCAUCUAAGAGCAUCCCUUGGACAGUCUAACUCCAACAUGUACAAGAUACAGUUCUCAGAGGCAAAGGAACAGAAAUAGAAUCAAAGUUCAGUCACACAAAAAUGGUUCUGGUACCGAGUAUUUGAGACACUGAAGAGCAGAAAUGCAGAAUUUUCUUCAGUCCGGCUCUUUCUGGGUCUCUCAUUCUAGAAGAAGUGAUUCUUUACAAGCAUAGGUAGAUCACUGUAAGCCUUGCAACUAAGAGCCUGUGUUUGAAAGUCACUGAAUAAAACUGAACUGGUAAAAAAAUGUUCUGAAAGAAGCUACCCAAAAUGAAGCGUUAGUCACAGAUUUCUCUCUGCUUACCCGAACAACCAUAAUCAAGGGAGCACUCCCAAAGAGUCUGGUCAGAAAUUCGCCUGGCCAAGGAAGGGGAUUGAAAUGCACUGUUGUAUUUGCAUGAUGUGAUAGUGUCCACAGACAUGGAAAAUGUAGCUUAUCUUUUAGUGACCUGUUUUUUUAAAUAUAACCCUUAGAGACUUUUCCAUUAGGAUAACUUUUGGGGAGAGAGAAUGAGAAAGAGAAAAUCCUUAACCUGCCAAUACAUCUGUUCCUCUUGAUAUAAUUAAAGGUGAUUGCACUUGAACAGGAGUUCAUCUCCAUUCCAUCUCAACUGAAUGUCUUCUUCCUGAUCCUCAAGUGAACUCACAAUAUCUCAGAAAUCCAGAAGGGGAAAAGGAAGGUGGAAGAAAUUGAUCUGUUAUAUAAUUAGGGUAAAAUUUAUUUCUGGUGCAGUUGCUGACUUCAGCUGGGAGAUGGAAGGAUUUCAUCCAUGCAGUUUUCCACAUUAGCAAACAAAUGUUGGGAAGCUAAUAUGAAAGUAAAUACAUUUGUGUGUAAGUAGGUCUUAGAUAACAGUUUUCAUGAUGGCAAAGUCCCCCUUUAAGAGACUAGAUCUCCAGUAAGGAUAUUGUUUCUCAUUUCAUGGAACUGUGGUCAAACUUCCAAAUUCUGGCAUCUAGACUUCAGAAAAAAUGUUGAAAACCUGCUUUACAAUGAGAAAGUUAAGGCAUUCAGUCUAUAUACUUUAUGAAAAACUAGGUUAAGAUGUGACUUGACCAUUGUCUGCAACUGCCUACACAGGGAGAAGACUUACAGUAAUAGAAAGCUAAGAGAUCUAUGGGCACAGGCACAUGAACAAGUUACUAGAAAAUAAGCUAAGUAAGUGUACAAUGUGUCAGCUAUUUCAUGUCAACUGCCCUUACUCCUCAAUAACUGAUUAGCUUACCCCUCAAUAACUGUGGGGAAAAAUAACUCAUGUAGACUAGCACCAUGGGGAGACAGUGUUACCUAGGUAGUUAGCCCUGAACCUAUUUUGCUCAAGUGCCCAUACCUUCUGAUUUAGCAGCUGAAUUGAAGUUAGCAAAGAGAAAAUUGUAAAAAAGAUGCAAUUAUUAAUAGGCAAACACUAGAACAGAUUGCCAAAGUACUUGGGUAAUUUGUUUUUCUGUGUGUGUGUGUGUGUGUGUGUGUGUGUAAUGCUUUAGUUUAGCCCAGGUUAUUGGGAUAAAUGUAGGUUAUUACACAAUGAAAAUCCACGCUGUGCACAAGGCAGAAAAUCAGGUUUGAUGAGGAUAGUGGUCCUUUUCUAGAUUUAAAUAUUCUGAAUGAAUAAAAUAGGGAAUUUGCCUAAGAGAAACAUAACAAAGGCUUACAUACUUUACUUUGUCCCACUAUUUUUGUCCUGAUUUUUCUUUAAAAAAAUUUUCUUUGUGAAAAUUAAGAACACUGCAAAAAUUGUGAAUUUUGGUUCUUGCUAUAAUGUUUAUUUAAAAACUUACGUUUUUUGUUUUGCUGCCUUUUCAGCUUUGGCUAUAUCCAUGCACACCAUUUGGUUUGUUUACUGAAUAAAUGUAAUAUAUUUUUACUUUUUUUUUUUUCUCUAUUUGACUUUAUAAUUUUUUUCAAGACUUGCCCUGAGAAAAGCAUCAUUAAAGCCUAAAGCAUCAUUAAAGCCUGCUGUAUUCAACACUGUUCAGGUUCUACAAGGAGCUUGCUUUGCUCUAAGGAGAUCCAGGGGGCUGGAGCUAACAUCCCACAACGUUGCAAAACUCUGGAGGGGUUCCACUCUGUUUAGCUUGGCCUCUUUAGAACUAAGCCCUGGGAGAUGAGGGUUGCCACAGACCUAAAGACCCCAGUUUAUCUCAAUCUUGUGAACAUCUGAGAUAUCAGGCAAGCUGUUGGUAAUAUCUUGCACUUCCUUGCAUCUGUUGAGCAGUUCAAGGUUCUGCAGAUCACUGCGUAAUUUUACCCUGAGGAGGCCCAAGGACAGGUACAGCCAUUACAACAGACCCUCGUCUCUGGCUGAAACGGCAGAACUACCUUGUGACUCUGGAAGGAAGGAACAUAGACCUGGUUAUAUUUCUUUAUUUUGGGCUUCAGAUAGCUGGCAAGAUGGGGGAGUGGGGAUUUUAAAACUAUUCAUCAAUAAAACCUUUCUCACUACUCACUUAUUUGCUUUUCAGCCUUUAAUGUUGUUCUGUGGAGCUCCUGUUCUCUCAUAAUCAUCUGCUUUAGUGCCUUCUGUCAUGAUUCUUCUCUUCCAAGCUUUCUUUCCCAUUU